AUGUUGAUUUUACUCUUAUCUUUGUUUUCACUGGCACUGGGCUCUUCUCCAGUCGUGCAUCUAAACUAUGCCAGUUAUCGUGGAAGCUCAUCGCAUGGAAUCUCCCAAUGGCUGGGGAUGCGCUAUGCUGCGGCGCCGGUGGGAGAUUUGCGAUUCGAAGGACCUCAAGACCCUCCCCUCGUCACGGGAAUACAAAGGGCCACCCAGCAUGGUCCACUUUGUAUUCCAGUAGCUGGAAAGCUAAAUGCAGCUGUACCAUCUAAUCAUGCCGAAGACUGUCUCUAUAUAGAUGUCUAUGCCCCCACGGAAGCUGUUCAUUCGAACGCUUCUCUGCCCGUUUACUUUUUCAUCCAAGGGGGUGGCUUUGCUGCUUUGACGAAUCCCAACUAUAACGGCUCUGGCUUAAUUGAAGCAUCAGGAAAUAACAUUGUUGUGGUCACCUUCAACUACCGCGUCGGACCAUAUGGAUUUUUGGCUUCCGAAGAAGUAGCGAAGGGCGCGAGUCUGAACAAUGGAUUGAAGGAUCAACUCAAGGCACUCAAAUGGGUGAAGAAGCAUAUCAGCAAGUUUGGGGGAAAUCCAAACCACGUGGUGAUCGGUGGUGACAGUGCCGGCGGAGCAUCAGUCACCUUCCUACUCUCUGCCUAUGGUGGACGAGAUGAGGGCCUGUUCAUCGGAGCAGCUGCUGAAUCACAGAGCUUUGGAACAGUGCUCAAUGUUGCCGAAAGCCAAUUCUCAUACAACAGGCUCGCAGCUCGUACGGGUUGUAACACCAGCGAAAAUACUUUAAGUUGUCUCCGUGGCCUAGAUGUUAGCGCACUACAAGGCGAGAACAUUGUCACGCCUUUACCAGGGGCUCCAGGAGACCCCUUAUACCUGUACAGCCCGACAAUUGAUGGAGAUCUAGUGCAAGAUCACACAUACACACUCUUCCAACAAGGUAAAUUUGUCAAAGUCCCUGUGAUAUUCGGCGAUGACACGAACGAAGGCACCAUCUUCGUCCCCGUCAGCACGUCCAGUGUUGGCGAAGCAGAAGAAUUCAUCAAAAACCAAUUCCCAAGCAUGUCAAAAGACCAAAUGGCCAAGAUUCACAAAAUAUAUCUUAACAAAAACCAGACCCGAAAGUUCCCCAAUGCCGGAGUCUACUGGCGACCAGCCAGCAACGCAUAUGGUGAAUUACGAUAUAUUUGCCCGGGUAUCCACAUGUCCUCCAUCUACGCAGCAGCAGGCGUUCCAAGUUGGAACUACCACUACGCCGUAGUGGACCCCGAUGAUGCUGCCAAGGGUUUCGGGACAACCCACACCGUUGAAGUGAACGCCAUAUGGGGCCCGGACUAUGUUAGCACGGAUCCUCCUGACUCGUAUUAUACCAGUAAUGCAGCCAUUGUUCCCGUGGUUCAGGGCUACUGGACAAGUUUUAUUCGGUCUUUAAAUCCGAAUACCCACCGGGUCGCGUCUAGUCCUAGAUGGCGCACCUGGGGCGACGGCGAUGAUGCUUACAAUCGUAUAUUUUUGCGAACUAACAGAACGCGGAUGGAGAAGGUGUCAGACGAGCAGCAGGAGCGUUGUAAUUAUCUGAUUAGCAUUGGGGUUGAUUUGAGACAGUAG